AUGGCAGGUAAAGGAACGCAGGUGUCGCCGUUACUCGCGAUCUGGAGUAGUUUGAACCUGGAUGCGGCGGAGGAGGUGGCUGCGGAAGGGAUUAAAGAGAAAGUGCUGCCGCUGCUGCAGGAGGGUGCGGGAGGAGGUGAUGCCGCGGCGGAAGCUGGAUCGUUGAAGGAGAGCGAUAUCGAUGAUGUUUUCAGCAAGAUGGAGCCGAGGGCUGCUACCGUGCCGUGGAUUGUUGCGAUGAACUCGCGGUAUUCGACAAAGAGCACGUUCGACACGACGGAGUUCUUCGCGUUGGCGGGGAGGCUGUUUAAGGAGUACUCUGCUGCGCAGGCAAAGUUGGUGCCGGAGGCUUUUGCGUCGCUUAUACGACUGGUGGUUGAUACAUCUAAUGCGAUGAACGAGCCGACUCUUUCUCUCCAACCACUGCUCGAUGCCGCGCUCGGUUUCUCAGAAACGCACGACACGCUCUCGCCCGCGCACAGCGCGUUCGUCAUACAAUCCCUCCGAGCCAAGACCUACGACCCCGCCGACGCGCUGCUCGCGCACCCUCUGACAAACUUCGACAGCAAGCACGGCGUGAACUACCGCGACCACCUCGCGUACCACUACUACGGCGGCCAACUCCUGAUCCACACGCGGCAGUACGCGCGCGCGCACGAGAUGCUUUCGGUCGUGUACUGCACGCCUACGAUGAACUUUGUCGCGUCCGCGCUGCAGGUGGCGGCGUAUAAGAAGAUUGUGCUGCUGGAGUUGGUGGUGUAUGGUAAGCGCGGGGUGAAGCCGAAGGCGGUGAGCGAGUACGUGGCGAAUAUUUGCCGGACGCUGGCGCAGCCGUAUAAUUUCCUUGGACAGGCGUUCGAGACGGGGGAUGCGGAGAUUGCGUCGAUGGUGUGGGGACAGGUUAAGUCGUAUUUCAAAAAUGAUGGGAACGAGGCGCUGGCGAUGGAGGCGGCGAGCGCGGUUCGGAAGCAUAAGAUCCGAAAGCUGCGGAAGACGUUUAUCACGGUUCCGUUGUCGUACGUGGUCGAGCUGGAUCAUGAUAUUACAGGGGCGGGGCCGGAUACACGGAGUUUGAUUUUGGAGAUGAUCGAAAACGGCGAGCUAUCGGCGUCGCUGUCGGCGGAUGAUCCAGAAAUCCUACGGUUCACAGACACGCCACUCACGGACGGCAACCUAGACGCCCUCCUCCUGACGCUCGAGAAAGUACGGAAGCUAAACAGCCAGCUCGCGCAGGCGGACCGCAAGGUCGGCAUGUCGCGGCAAUUUCUGCAGCUGAAGCAGCAGAGCGGGGGCAUGGCGAGCAGCGCGGGUGCGUAUAACCCGCACAUGGUGGUGCCGGAGUACGACGGGAUCGGGGAGGAGGACGUGUUGAUGAAAAUGGGGGACGCGAUGCGGUACGGGGAGGAGAUGGCGCGGAGGGUUAUGGGGGGAAGUACGGCGGGAAGAGGCGCGGGGAGGAUGGAUAUGGAUGAGAGUUUUAAUCAGUCGAUUGACGACGAGGAUGAGGAGUCGGAUUGA